AUGAAUAUUAUCAUAAAAGGAAUAGAAGAUGAAGAACAGGAAAAUGAGAAGGAAACAAAGGAUAAAAUAUGCAUAAUUUUACAAGAGAUGGGAGUAAAAAUCGCAGUAAAAGAAGAUAUAGAUGAAGUACGAAGGAUGGGCAAGUACAACAUUGAAAGGAAAAGACCAAUAAUUGUGAAACUAAACAGGAAAAGCACAAGAACAAUGAUUUUGCAAAAAACCAGAAGCCUGAAGGGCACAAAUAUAUGGAUUGAUGAAGACUACCCAAAAGAAGUCCAAGAGGAAAGGAGGAAGCUAAUAAUAAAAAUGAAGGAAGCUAGAAAUAAAGGUCACAAAGCACAAUUAAGAUAUAAUAAACUAAUAAUAAACGACGAGUUGUACAGGGAGAAAGACACCGAUCAAAACCAGAAAUCAUUUCCGCUACUAUAUGGUCUUAAAGAAGAGGAUCCCCAGCAAGAUAUAGUGAAACUUAUAGAUAUAGUGAAAAACCAACUAAACCUUAACUGCAAUUUUAACGACUUUAGAGACACUCGCAGAAUUGGCACAAUAACUAGCACCAAACCUAGACCACUAAUCAUUGAAUGCGUGAGUUACUAUUUAAAAGCUGAGAUAUUAGGAAAAUCUAAAAUCUUAAAAGGAAGUAAGUUGUUCUUUGCUUACGAUCUAACUCAAACAGACUAUCAACGUAAAAAAAUACUGGGCCAGAAUCUAAAAUUAGCUAAGAGUUACAACCUUAAAGCAAACAUCGAAAAGAAUAGCCUCUAUGUAGAAGACAAAGAAUACAAAUACGAAGAUCUUAUAAAAAUACCAAAUGCAAUAGAAACAUUAACAAACAACAAAAGAAACACUACCUCAGAAGAAAACCAGUCGUCACAAUCAGAAACAAAAAAAUUAAAGGAAAACUCAGAACCAGAGGUUACAAAACGGGUAACCAGAAAUCAAAAAAACUCAACUUCUAAUUAA